AUGGACGCCGCGUACAAGCAACAUGCCAACCAGGCGCGCCGGAAAAACAGAUCCUCUACGAAUCUGCAGCACCUGUCCCUCGCGCCCCUCACGUCCAAGUUCCCCCUGACCGACCCCGAAGACCUGCCCGACUUCAGCGCCGCGCCGUUCCACUACAACGUCUCCUACCUGCAGGGCAAGUCCGCGCCCACGACCCCACGGCUGCUCCAAUCUCCGUCCCGGACCCGAGCCAACUCCCCCAGCCGCCGCCGCCGCUCCUCCAUGCACGAUCCGCUGGGCGCGACGAACCUGCCCAAGAGCAAGUCUACAACCCACCUUGUCGCGUCCCACGCGAAACGUCCCGGCCUGGGCGCCUCGCCACCCCUCCCCCAGUCUUACGGGCCGUCGAGCAGCAAAGAGCGGGACGAUGACUGGAUCCUGCGCACGGGAGCCCUGAUCAGCGCGCGGAUGCGGGAGUCCAAGGGCCAGGCCUGGCUCGCCGAGAGGGCGAGCUCGACCAGCUUGACCGGCAUGCGCGACGUCGAGGAGGAGGCAUACGAGCGGGAACUCGCUAGGGAGAGGGAACUCGCGAGCAGGCGGAGCAGUCGUCGGGGCAGCAUAGCAAGCGGAGACGACGAUAUCGUUUCGCCGAGCAGUCGCUUCGGCAGCCGGUCCCAGAGCCGAGCGGCGAGCGGGGCCCGCCUAGUAAGAACGCCGGUGGAGCGGCACACGCCGCACGACGGGUACUUCGGGCACGAGGUGCCGUCGGAAGACUACAUCCCAGGCCCGGAUUUCGUGGGGCUGGACGAGAAGCUCGAGGCCAUCGAGGCGGACACGAGCAAGUCGGACGAGGCGGCGGUUCGGAAGCUGGUCUACAGCAAGAACAACGGGCUGGGCUCCUGGGUCUGGUCGCUGUUCUCCGUCGAAGAGAACGACGAGGAAUCGGACGAGGACGACGGCGAGGUGUCGGACGGCGAGACCGAGGGAAGUCAUCUCCCCCGCGGCGCGAGCACGGCGAACUUUGAACGCAUUUCAGACGCUCCAGAGGAACGAAUUCCACCUCCCAAGUCAGAUGAAGGCGGUUGGCGAGACGCCGCGUGGCUCUUGACUGUGGCGUCCAAGGUGUUGCUUUGA